CGACAGAUGGCACUCUCGUUUCAAAAUCAAUUGUCCAACUGCCAUGGAUCACGAUGCAGGGGUCCAACACAUCUCUAUUUUCGGGUAGAAUUACCUUAAAGCUACUAUGUGCGGCUUUGUGCUUUGGAAUGUCAGGCACUUCGCGAGGUCUCGACGAAGGUCUCAUCGCCAGCACAAUAGCCGAUAAACCAUUCAUCGACAAGUUUGGGCUUGAGGCUGACUAUCUCAGCGCGGCCGAGCAAGCCAACCGACAGUCAAAUGUCACUACCAUGGUCACCAUUGGCUGUCUGCCUGGUGCCUUCCUCGCAUUCCUGUGGAGUGAGAAGAUUGGUAUUCUCUGGGCCAUGAGACAGGCGUGUGUCAUCUGGAUCGUCGGAUGCAUUAUUUUCUUGACAUCCCAUUCAAUUGGACAACUCUACGCGGGCCGUUUAAUAAUGGGAAUGGGCAUCGGGCAGUUCGAGGUGCUGGCACCGGUUUACCUCGGUGAAGUGGCUCCCCGGGAGAUGCGUGGGAUACUGAUCGGCCUAUUUGGCAUGUCAGAAUAUCUAGGUAUCAUGACAGGGUAUUUUUCCAUAUGGGGCGCAUCCAUCCACAUUCCGGAUUGGAGCUCGAAACAGUGGAUCAUCCCGCAUAGCGUACAAAUCAUGUGGGCUGGCUUGCUGCUCAUAGCCUCCGUAUUCUGCGAAGAGAGUCCCCGAUAUAUGUGUAAAAAGGGCCGCCACGAUAACGCCGCCAAGACGCUGGCAAAGCUCUGGGACUUAUCAGCCUUUGACCCUGCUGUCCAAGAAGAGAUCAAUAGUGCACAACGACAACUAGAAGAAGAAUCCGGUCACACAUCAGCGCGAUCGUUUUUCGGGACGGCGAAGAGUCUGUUCACAACUAAGGAGAACCUUAAACGUAUUGCCUUUAUCUUUACCCUUCAGUGUCUAAUUCAGUGGUCCGGCCCUACUUCUAUAACAACUUACGCUCCCCGCCUUUUCGCUCUGUUCGGCAUAGAGGGCCAAUCCCAGACACUCUUCACGACAGCCAUUUUUGGCGCUGUGAAGUUUGCCUCCGCGCUCGGCUCUGCCCUUUUCAUGAUCGACUUGCUUGGUCGACGCAGAACACUCUAUAUCGGACUAACCAUGCAGCUGGUGGCAUUUGUCUACUGCGCCAUUUUUCUGACCAUCUACUCGACCCUGUCGGAGGCAUCGCAGGACGCGCUAGCCGCAAAGCAUGCUGCUAUCGGCGCCAUCGUCAUGAUUUAUCUGAUCGGUGUAGCAUGGGCAUUGGGUUGGAACUCCAUCCAGUACAUUAUAACCGCGGAGAUCUUUCCGCUUCACGUGAGACUCGCAGGGUCGAGUUUGGUAACUAUAUGGCAUUUUGGAAACCGGAUGGGCACUUCAAAGGCCGUUCCCACUAUGCUACUUGAACAUGGGUCUAUGGCACCAAAGGGAACUUUCUGGUUCUUCUCGGCGGUGUCGCUCGUGGGUAUGAUUUUCACGUGGAUGUUUCUCCCAGAGACGUCGAAGAAAAGCUUGGAGGAGACAGGUGAUCUGUACACGAAAGGAAGGGCUCAUGGAGAGGAGAGCAAUUAGAGGUUACAGGUAAAGGAUCGCGGGACGCCAAAUUACAUGAUGGAAAGCUUGAGAAGUGAUAG